CCGCGUAUCCGCAGGCUCGCUUUCUUCUCUCUGUUUCCCCCACCUCUAACUCUAUUCUACGAACACCAAGUGCGAAACCCAGUUCGCACUUUGAAUCCCCUGCUGCUACAAGAAUCAAAGCUCCCUCUCUCUCAAAUUCCUGCCAUUCCCAACUUCAGAGAUGUUAGCUUGCAUAUCUUCUUCAUCACCGUCGCCAUUUCUUAUCUCCUCUGACAUCCAUCGAACACCAGGUGCGAAACCAAGGUCGCUGUCAUGGUCGUCUUCAUUUCCUCACUUGAACUUGUCUAUCAAUUCAAUUUCAAGCCCUUUGAAUCCCCCACGCCAAAGGGAAUUCGUUGUUCGCGCCGCCUGGACACGGAGGUCACGAAGUGAAGCUGCAAAAAAACCUAAUAGGAAAUCAUGGAGACAAAGAACGGAUAUGUAUCUGAGACCGUUUCUUCUAAACAUUUUCUUUUCAAAGCGUUUCAUCCAUGCAAAAGUGAUGCAUAGGGGAACCAGCAAAGUGAUAUCAGUCGCCACCACAAAUGCCAAGGAUCUUAGGAAUACAUUGCCAUCUCUAACUGAUGAUAGUGCAUGCAGAGUGAUAGGGAAGUUGAUUGCUGAGCGGUCAAAGGAAGCCGAUGUGUUUGCAAUGGCUUAUGAGCCCAGGAAGAAUGAGCGAAUUGAAGGGAAGCUUGGAAUUGUCAUCGAUACAAUUAAGGAGAAUGGUAUUAUAUUUGUUUGACAUAUAGCAGGUUUUCACUGCCACUUCAUCUUUUUCUGAGGAAGAUAUUAGUUUCCUGUUAA